UGUCUUGCGGAUCAUAACAGUUGCAGAGUGACUUGCGAAUGGGCUGGUUUGGUGGCGGCCAGAAGGAUUCGGUGCAAUGUUUGAGUCCCAUUUGUGUUCACAAUCACGUCCAAGUGUAUAAAGAGUGAGGAUUUGGCGACACAGAGCGCAAUUGAGUGGCACAAGUGACUGCAGAGCGCGCCCCUUGAGAAGUGCGUCGAAGCGAAACACAACCAUUGUCACGAGAGUCGCGAACAAAGCAGUUUCUCCGCUUUAUGAGGCUUCCGUCCUGCUCGCGCCACCCUUAGGAGCACCCACGACGCCCCCGGACAUAUUUGCAGUGCAUCUCAGGAACAAACGAGGUUUCGUGUGGCCAGAAUGUGGAGCUCGCAGAGCAGAUCGUCGGAGAAGGGCAAGGAGAACGGCAGCCCGCCAGUGAAGACGUUCGGAAUGACGUCGGCCAUCAGCAUGGCUGGUCCGAAGCCGGAGGAUCACGAUCUGACGAAGGAGCUGGAGAGCACACUUCAGCCGUACAAUGUGUUCGAGUCGGAGGCGGAGCUGAACCACCGCAUGGAGAUCCUGGCGAAGCUCAACACGCUCGUGAAGCAGUGGGUGCGCGACGUGUCCAUUGCGAAGAACAUGCCGGAGCAGAUGGCCGAGAAGCUGGGCGGCAAGAUCUACACAUUCGGCUCCUAUCGACUGGGCGUGCAUCACAAGGGCGCGGAUAUCGAUGCGCUGUGCGUGGCGCCGCGCAAUAUUGACCGCAAUGACUACUUCACGUCCUUUCUGGAUGUGCUGAAGCAGAUGCCGGAGGUGACAGAGUGCCGUGCUGUGGAGGAAGCCUAUGUGCCGGUGAUCAAGAUGAAUUUCGACGGCAUUGAGAUCGAUCUGCUGUUCGCCAGACUCACGCUCAAGGAGAUUCCGGACAAUUUCGAUCUACGCGACGACAUGCUGCUGAAGAAUCUCAAUCCGAAGUGUGUGCGGAGUUUGAACGGAUGCCGAGUAACGGAUGAGAUUUUGCGCCUUGUGCCCAAUAUUGAGAACUUCAGACUGGCGCUGCGCGCGAUCAAGCUCUGGGCGAAGCGCCACGGAAUCUACUCUAAUUCACUGGGCUUCUUCGGUGGUGUAUCAUGGGCAAUGCUAGUGGCCAGAACGUGUCAGCUGUAUCCCAAUGCCAUCGCGUCGACGCUCGUGCAUAAGUUUUUCAUGGUGUUUUCGCGCUGGAAGUGGCCACACCCGAUUCUGCUGAAGCAGCCGGACAACGUCAAUCUCGGCUUCCUCGUGUGGGAUCCGCGCGUAAACUCUGCCGAUCGCUAUCACCUGAUGCCCAUCAUCACGCCGGCAUAUCCGCAGCAGAACUCCACGUACAACGUGUCGAUUUCUACGAAGAAGAUCAUCUGCAAUGAGUUCGAGCGCGGCAUGAAGAUCAUGGAUGAGAUUGUGCAGGGCAAGCUGACGUGGAAGGCGCUGUUCGAGGCACCGAGCUUCUUUUUCCAGUAUCGCCACUUCAUUGUGCUGCUGGUGAGCUCACAGAGUGCCGACGAUCAUCUGGAGUGGUGUGGACUCGUGGAGUCCAAGGUGCGCUGCCUCGUGCUGAAUCUGGAGCGCAAUGUGUUCAUCUCGCACGCUCAGGUCAAUCCCAAGUGCUUCGACCAGGAGCCGUCCAAGGCAUCGUCGCCACACUGCUCAAUGUGGUUCAUCGGCCUGGAGUUCCAGCGCACGGAAAAUCUCAACGUUGAUCUCACGGAGAGCAUACAGACAUUCACGGAUCACAUCCACAAACACGGGCUCAACAUUAAGAUGCUGAAGGAGGGCAUGAAAAUUGAGGCGAGACAUGUGAAGAAGAAGCAGUUGAAUCAGUAUUUGGAUCCGGAGUUCCUUCGGCGCGAGCGCAAGCACACGGAGAUGAUGGAGAAUCUGAUGCCGGCAUCGCUGUCCAAGAAGCGCUCUGCCAACAGCGAAGAGACGAUGACAUCGUCGCAGCCCGGGACGCCGCAGGACACGAAGAGGAUGAGGUUAUCAGAAACCUUCGACGACAGCCCGAGGACGACGCCCAACACGUCUGUCAACGUGAUCGUGGACGGCGACUUGGGGGAUGGACAGGAGUCGGCGGAGGGGUGCAAUAGCGGCGGCGCGGACGCGGGCAAGGAGGAGGCGGAGGAGCAGCAGAAGGGCGACGCGCCGCCCGCGCAGACGGCAGAGGUGAUGUGCUCGUGACAGGGAUGAUUGGAGCAUGAGACUGAUCCUGGUGGAGUCACAGUGUUCACUUGAGAUUCCAUGUGACCUCCGAAGACUCUCCCGUCAAGUGAAUGGCCGUAUGCGCUGCCCAGGAUUUGCGAUGGUACAGCGAACGUCAGACAGACAGAUUUAUAUCAAAAAACCCCCCAGAUUUAUGAUGGACUUUGAGGCGUUGAAGAGGGCUUUAGACAGAGAGAGGUAUUAAGCUGUAAGGCUCAAUUGAGGCGAUUAAGGAGUGACAAGAGCAGAGAAAGAGAAAGGAAUUUUAUACGCUGUCAUGGAUUUACUAAUUCCGCUGCAGUCCGUUUGUAAAUACGCGCGCCCAGAGGUGAAGAGAGAAGGAUGAGAACCACACAAUUUCUGUCCGCACUUUCUUUGGCAGGAUCUUCGCUGUGUAGAUGUAAUUGAAUAACUUUCCAUUUAUUGUCAGGACCUUUUUCACUUUGUAAAAUUCGAUGUAUGAAUGAUUUAGUUUUCAAUAAAGAUCUACCGCGUCAUAAAAAAAGUAGGUUUC